UCCAGCCGCUGGUGCGCGGAGCGGUUCGCCGUCUCCGGAGCGGUCCGGCCCAGCCUUUCGCCUAGGCGCCCAGGCCCGGUGCGCGCGUGCGUGAGCGCGCCUGCGCCGCCGGGGCCGCUGCAAGGGGUAAGAGAGCGGCUGCUUCAGGUGAGGGGGCGUUGCGGGGGCAGGGGUAAUCGGAGGGGGCGUCCAGCAAUGGGGCCGAAAGGCCCCGUGGGCGAGAGUUCAGGGGCUGAUUUAGAAUCCUCAAAGUCGGGGUGCCCUGUCUGGGGUGAGCUCCCCCUCCAGGCUGACCGCCCCCUCCCCCCGCAGCCCGGUUCGGUUUGGUUCCUGGGAGGCGUCCGGCGGGUGCGGCUAACGGUUCCGGAGCGCGCGGAGAGCAGGUUUCCGCACGUCGUGGGGGAGGCGCGCCGGAGCGCGAGGUGCGGGGGCUCCUGGUGGAAAUGGGGGAGCGCAGAGUUGCGAGGCUUUACAGUCUCUGGAGAUCUAAGAGCCCCGAGGGGACUUGGAGGCUCGCGAGAAGAGACGCUUGGCGGAGCUUUGCAGUUGGGAGGAGGGGGCAGGAGACAGUUUGGGGGGAAUAUUUGAGAGGUCCUGCCCCCCCAGCACCAGGAGGGGUUAAAUGACACAGGAGGAUCCUUUCCCCCUAGAAAUUACUCAAUGCUGAAACCUUUCAAAGUGAUCUUAGAGACGCUGGAAACACCAUGGAUGGGUUUUAUGAUCAGCAAGUUCCUUUUAUGGUCCCAGGGAAAUCUCGAUCUGAGGAAUGUAGAGGGCGGCCUGUGAUUGACAGAAAGAGGAAGUUUUUGGACACAGAUCUGGCUCAUGAUUCUGAAGAGUUGUUUCAGGAUCUCAGUCAACUUCAAGAGGCUUGGUUAGCUGAAGCACAAGUUCCUGAUGAUGAACAGUUUGUCCCAGAUUUUCAGUCUGAUAACUUGGUGCUUCAUGCCCCACCUCCAACCAAGAUCAAACGGGAGCUGCACAGCCCCUCCUCUGAGUUGUCGUCUUGUAGCCAUGAGCAGGCUUUCGGUGCUAACUAUGGAGAAAAGUGCCUCUACAACUAUUG